AUGGCCAUGGUGAGAGCAGUGGCGGCGCUGGCCUUGUGCAUCGUUUACUUCGGCCCCGCGUGGUUCUCUUUGAUGCGGCCUAGAGUCUUUCUGGAGAAGAGUCGAAUCCGUGGCCCUGUGACACCGCAAGUGGACGUCGGCGAGGUCGAAGCCAACAAGAUUCAGAGUCCUGUGACGCGAGUUGUGUUCAUAAAGCUGCACUCCGUUGGCUCCGGCACGUUGGCAAGGAUCCUCUUCCACUAUGCAGACAAUCACAAUCUGACGUCUGCAGCCCCAGGCAAGUACUAUCCAUCUCACCGGCUGUUCCAUUCUACAGUUGGCCCAGAGGUCCUCAGAAGGAUGGCGACUGAGCACCCUGGCUCGAUUAACAUCUGGCCGAUGCAUGUCAUCUUGGACGAUGCGUUGGAUCUCAUUGUGCCUGGGAACGUGAAGAUUGCCUUUUUCCGCAAGCCCUUUGACCGCGUGAUGUCCAGCAUGAAGCACUUCCUGAGCUUCCCCGACCAGGUAAGCAUUGACAACACUUCUGCAGGGUACCAACAGCUGCUGAGCAACCAAGCACCCACGGCAUGGUGUGGAAAAGCCAAUGCAGAAGCACUGGACAAGUGCUGUGGGCCAAUGGCCGGGCAACCGAUGACGGAGCAGUUACCUCUGGAUGAAUUGCACAAGCUGGACUAUGUCAUGAUUCAAGAACAUUAUGACUGGUCGCUCUUGAUGUUGCGUCGGCGCUUGGGUUGGGGCCUUGCCGAUGUCCUCUACCUGAGCACUCACGUCAACAAGCUGCAGAAUCGACGCCCGGAGGAGCAGCAGCUGCUUGACGACAUUGCUGCGUACUUGAAAGCGGACGGCCGCACGCCGUGGGGAGACCGGUUCGUGAACAACUGCGUCAAGGGGCAGGAGGAGGAGACCUACGCCGCAGCCACGAAAAGAUUCGAAGAUCAGUGGAAGGCCUUCUCCCUUGCAGAGCAGCAGGAGAUGCGUGAAGAGCUCGUUUGUUUUCAAAGCGCCCUGAGCACCCUCUCCAGCUGCUGCGCGCGACAUGCGCAGGAUGCUUUCUGUGAGAUGAUGAAGGAGACAUCUGAGGAUUGGUUCAUGCGGCAUGGUGACAUCUUCGUCCAGCAGCCCAUGCCCUACCCCGGUCUGCAAGGGGGCAGUGGGUGUAGAGAUGAGGCCAUGUCCGCGUUGAGCUGCAAGUCAGUAAAGCCGGGGCCUUUGCAGUCAACUUCAGUCGCUUCAAGGUUUGUGGGUCGCGACCAGGAGCAUCCUGUGACGCGAGUUGUGUUCAUGAAGCUGCACUCCGUUGGCUCCGGCACGUUGGCAAGGAUCCUCUUCCACUAUGCAGACAAUCACAAUCUGACGUCUGCAGCCCCAGGCGAGUACUUCCCAAAGCCUUUCCAUUCUACAGUUGGCCCAGAGGUCCUCAGAAGGAUGGCGAUUGAGCACCCUGGCUCGAUUAACAUCUGGCCGAUACAUGCAGUCAUGGACGAGGCGUUGGAUCUCAUUGUGCCUGGGAACGUGAAGAUUGCCUUUUUCCGCAAGCCCUUCGACCGCGUGAUGUCCAGCAUGAAGCACUUCCUGACAUUCCCGGACCAGGUAAGCAUUGACAACACAUCUGCAGGGUACCAACAGCUGCUGAGCAACCAAGCACCCACGGCAUGGUGUGGAAAAGCCAAUGCAGAAGCACUGGACAAGUGCUGUGGGCCAAUGGCCGGGCAACCGAUGACGGAGCAGUUACCUCUGGAUGAAUUUCACAAGCUGGACUAUGUCAUGAUUCAAGAACAUUAUGACUGGUCGCUCUUGAUGUUGCGUCGGCGCUUGGGUUGGGGCCUUGCCGAUGUUCUCUACCUGAGCACUCACGUCAACAAACUGCAGAAUCGACGCCCGGAGGAGCAGCAGCUGCUUGACGACAUUGCUGCGUACUUGAAAGCGGACGGCCGCACGCCGUGGGGAGACCGGUUCGUGAACAACUGCGUCAAGGGGCAGGAGGAGGAGAUCUACGCCGCAGCCACGAAAAGAUUCGAAGAUCAGUGGAAGGCCUUCUCCCUUGCAGAGCAGCAGGAGAUGCGUGAAGAGCUCGUUUGUUUUCAAAGCGCCCUGAGCACACUCUCCAGCUGCUGCGCGCGACAUGCGCAGGAUGCUUUCUGUGAGAUGAUGGACGAGACGUCGGUUCAGUGGUUUGAACGACAUGGGGAUGUGUUCGUCCAGCAGCCCAUGCCCUACCCCGGCCUGCAAGGGGGCAGUGGGUGUAGAGAUGAGGCCAUGUCCGCGUUGAGCUGCAAGUCAGUAAAGCCGAGGCCUUUGCAGUCAACUGCAGUCGCUUCAAGGUUUGUGGGUCGCGACCAGGAGCAUCCUGUGACGCGAGUUGUGUUCAUGAAGCUGCACUCCGUUGGCUCCGGCACGUUGGCAAGGAUCCUCUUCCACUAUGCAGACAAUCACAAUCUGACGUCUGCAGCCCCAGGCGAGUACUUCCCAAAGCCUUUCCAUUCUACAGUUGGCCCAGAGGUCCUCAGAAGGAUGGCGAUUGAGCACCCUGGCUCGAUUAACAUCUGGCCGAUACAUGCAGUCAUGGACGAGGCGUUGGAUCUCAUUGUGCAGGGGAACGUGAAGAUUGCCUUUUUCCGCAAGCCCUUCGACCGCGUGAUGUCCAGCAUGAAGCACUUCCUGACAUUCCCGGACCAGGUAAGCAUUGACAACACAUCUGCAGGGUACCAACAGCUGCUGAGCAACCAAGCACCCACGGCAUGGUGUGGAAAAGCCAAUGCAGAAGCACUGGACAAGUGCUGUGGGCCAAUGGCCGGGCAACCGAUGACGGAGCAGUUACCUCUGGAUGAAUUUCACAAGCUGGACUAUGUCAUGAUUCAAGAACAUUAUGACUGGUCGCUCUUGAUGUUGCGUCGGCGCUUGGGUUGGGGCCUUGCCGAUGUCCUCUACCUGAGCACUCACGUCAACAAACUGCAGAAUCGACGCCCGGAGGAGCAGCAGCUGCUUGACGACAUUGCUGCGUACUUGAAAGCGGACGGCCGCACGCCGUGGGGAGACCGGUUCGUGAACAACUGCGUCAAGGGGCAGGAGGAGGAGAUCUACGCCGCAGCCACGAAAAGAUUCGAAGAUCAGUGGAAGGCCUUCUCCCUUGCAGAGCAGCAGGAGAUGCGUGAAGAGCUCGUUUGUUUUCAAAGCGCCCUGAGCACCCUCUCCAGCUGCUGCGCGCGACAUGCGCAGGAUGCUUUCUGUGAGAUGAUGGACGAGACGUCGGUUCAGUGGUUUGAACGACAUGGGGAUGUGUUCGUCCAGCAGCCCAUGCCCUACCCCGGCCUGCAAGGGAGCAGCAUGUGCCGUGAGAAGAGUAUCUCUCGGCUUGCACUGUGCAGUCUUGAAUUGCUUAGUGGGAAAUAG